AUGGCUGAAUCUCUCCUAGACCGGAAGGCUUUGGAACAGCUGUCUGCUCGGCUGGACGGUUCCAAUGAUCCGCCCAAAGAGGCUUUCGAGCAGCUGAACUCGGAGCAGAAGGCGCUGCUGGACACAGUUGACAGCCUGAGGGAUCUGGGAGUGGAUGAAUAUGUGGAUCUUCCUCAGGUCAUCGUUGUGGGUAAUCAGUCGUCGGGCAAAAGCUCUGUUCUCGAAGCGAUUUCCCGCGUCCGUUUCCCCGCCAGCGGCACCCUCUGCACCCGAUUUGCUACAGAGCUGGUCCUCCGGUCGGCGCCCCAGGUCAAGAUUGGCGUGAGCGUGGUCAAGUCUUCGGAAGAUUCCGCGUCAAACCCCGAUCAGAACCGGCUCCCUUUCGAAGAGACCAGCUUCAGCAGGGAUGCGCUCCCCAAGAUCAUCGAGCGCGCCAAGGCCCACAUGGGCAUCCGGGAAGGGUCGGGCACCGCCUACUCCAAGGACAUUCUUCGCGUCGAGAUAUCUGGGCCGGAACUCCUACCUCUGACACUCGUUGACCUCCCAGGAUUUUUCCACACCGAGACGAAAGAGCAGACGGAAGAGGGAAAGGCCAUUGUUAACAAGCUCGCCGAGAGAUAUAUGCGGCAGUCCAAGAGCAUCAUCCUCGCCGUGGUGUCCGCUGGGUAUGACCUUGCCAACCAGAUAGUACUUGGAGAGGCCAAGCGUCACGAUCCUCACAAGGAGAGAACGCUCGGCAUAGUCACCAAGCCGGACUUGUUAAUCCCGGGCACGACCGGCGAGCGCCAUUUUGUUCAGGUGGCCAAGAACGAGGAGACUGCAAACGUCCUCAAGCUGGGAUGGCACGUGCUCCGGAACCGAGACGAACGGGAUGAAGGUAGUUCGCAUGAUGCGAGAGACAAGAAGGAAGCCGAGUUUCUCCAGUCCGGGGCCUGGUCCAGAGUGUAUUCAAAGGACAAGGGCAUCGACGAGCUCCGAAAGAAGCUGAGCAAGGUGCUGGUCAGCCACAUCAAGCGGAGCCUCCCCAGCCUGAUCUCGGACAUUGAGAAGCACCUAGCCCAGAAGCGGGAAGCCCUGGCGCGUCUCGGCAAGCCGCGAUGCAACCCCUCGGAUCUCCGAACUUACAUGCACGACAUCGCUUCCGCCUUCCAGGGUUUGGUCCAGGACGCCGUCCGUGGAGACUACAAUAACAAAUUCUUCGGCGGCCUUUCCCAAGACAAUGGACAUGCUGCCUCGGGGGACAUCCGGAAACUUCGGGCGACUCUCAGGAACCUGAAUCGCGCCUUUGAUGCCGUCCUGUCAACCAAAGGGGCGAGCCACGCGAUUCAAUGGCGCGGCCAGGAGGUUUCCGAGACCUCAGCCGACAAAAUUCCCGAUUCUCUCCAGCCGUUCAUUGAGCUCUACGACGUCAAAUCCCCGCCCCCCAUAGCUAUCGAUCGUCUUCUUCUCGAGCUCGAGAGCAUUGCCUCGGAGAAUCAGGGCGUCGAGUUCCCGGGCUCGCCAAACGGGGACCUUGCCCGGAUGUUCUUCCGGCGGCAGGCCGAGCCGUGGAGAGGGAUUGCGCAGAGCCACAUCGACCUGGUCUUGGCUGUUACCAAGAAAUUUGUCGAAACAGCCAUGGAACACGUCGUGGGUGAUGAUACCAAUACUCGCAAUGCAGUCCUGGUCAGUUGUGUGGAUCCCUUUUUCGACACCAAGCGGGCCAUCUUGAAGGAGAAACUCGACGAACUACUUCGUCCAUACAACUCCAAGUAUGCCCUUCCGCUGGAGAGCGAGUUCCGAUCGAGGCUGUCGAGCACAACGGUAAACAGACUGGCGAGCCAGGUCAAGGAACACCUGCGGCUUGAGUACCCUGGAUCGUUCGCCGAGCCUGCCUUGAUAAGGGUGACCGAUCAGGCAAUCAAGGAAGCCAUCGUUGCCGUGCCAGAUAGCAAGGCAGGCGAGUUCGGGACGGAGAAAAUGGUCGACAUUGUGAACGUAUACUAUGAGAUGUCUCUUAGGACGUUUACCGAAAAUGUCAUCUCCCUCGCGGUCGAGAACUGCCUGGUCAGCGAUAUCGACGAGAUCUUGACCCCUCGGGCGGUGGACCGGAUGGACGAGGCUCGGCUCAAGCAACUGGCUGCCGAAUCGGAAGACGUCCAGACGCUACGCCGGGAGCUGGAGCGCCAGGUGGGAGACCUGCGGGCCGGAUUGCAGAAGUGUCAACAAUACAAGCCCCGAGAGGCUACCCGUGUGUUCCCCCCCCUCAAAGGAAUGUGCAAUAUUGGGAAAGAUGAAUUACUAACCGUCUGCCCAAGUCCUCCCUCCGGGCCUUUCCGGGCCUCGUCCCUCUUCAUCUUCAGGCAAACCUGCUCACAGGCCCCGAUCAGGUGA